AUGAGUGGAUUUUCUCUUCAAUUUCAGUCUGGUUUAGUACUCGAAUCAUUUCACAUUGAACCAGAAAAUCUUUCUUUAAGAAGACUUAAACAAGAAGCUGUAGAUUUUGUUAAUAAACAUCAUCCAAAACAGCGUUUAGGUGAUCGUUUAGCCGAUCACAUACUUCUCUAUAAACACGACCCUCGUUCUGUUAACAUUCUUCAAUUGAUACAAUCAGCUGAUGAAAUAAGUGAAGGAUGUCUUUUGGAAAUUGUUAUUAGUCGUGGGUUUUCACUUAAAAUAUAAUUUUAAUUUUUCUAAUUUAUUAACCUCUAAUUAUUUUUUAAAUUUUAUUCUUUUCAAAUUAUUUAUUUUCACUUUCCUUUUAUUAACCUUUUUUUAUUCAUUCAAAGUCAAUUCCAUCAAAGGGCAGGUUACCCGCAUUGAAAUAAUGCAUGUGCUAUUUUUUAUUUUGAAUCGAUUUUAAUGCCUUACACAAAAGUGUUAUUUUCACUCAUAAAUUUAAAAAAAUUCCCUCAAAUAACUAAGUACAUU